AUGGAGAACUGUGCAAUGUCGAAGUUUGCAUCCCCGUCGCCGAAAGUGGGGGUGGCAGUGUUUCUGUUGAAGGGAAAUAGCGUGCUUUUGGGGCGGCGCCGAUCCUCCAUUGGCCACAACACCUUUGCCCUUCCCGGUGGCCACCUCGAGUUCGGGGAAAGCUUCGAGCAAUGUGCAUCCAGAGAAGUGAAGGAGGAAACUGGCUUAGACAUAGAACAGGUUGAGCUCCUAACUGUCACCAAUAACGUAUUCUCACACGAAGCAAAACCAGUGCAUAUGGUUGUCAUCUUCAUGCGUGCGGUGUUGGCAGAUCCUGAUCAGGUGCCCCAACUUCUUGAGCCCGAAAAGUGUUAUGGUUGGGAUUGGUACAACUGGAACAACCUCCCAGAACCACUCUUCGGACCUUUUGAAACUAUGGUACGCAGUGGAUUUGAUCCCUUCCCUGCUCAUCAAAACAAUGAGAGACAAUUGCUCAGUUGCUCUGCUCUGCAGACAGCUUUCAGAUGACUAAAAUUUACACCCUUUUCUAGGCCGGUUUCUCUGGGGAAUCUUACAACUUGAUAUUAUUGGAGCCACGAAAUCAGCAGUGUUUUUCUCAUUACCUCUCCACGUUUUGAAAUCUAUGUACACGAUUAUGACUUCAUAAAUAUAUCUUGAAAGGUUUCAGCUCA